AUGUCUUUUGGAGCUUUAAAAACUAAAAAGCUGCUGAACUUAAACAGGCCCUCUGAAAGACUUGAAGCUUACGCAGAAAAGAAGUCCAAGAAACCUGAAUUAAUUGCCAAAUCUACUAUUGUACUUGACGUAAAACCAUGGGAUGAUGAGGCUGACAUAAAAGAAUUAGAAAAAGUAACCAGAACAAUUGAAAUAGAUGAUCUCGUCUGGGGAACAUCAAAAUCAUGCCAGUAG